UUUCAAAAAUCAAAAAUGUAAGACCAUACAUUAUUAAAAAACAAUUUAUAAUUAAAAAUACAUAAGUUAUACCAAACAGAAUAAGCAAAAUGAAUAUUUUAAGGAGACCUAGCCAAAUUAUGAGUAAUGUAUUUCGUGUAAUCAUAAAUGAAAUAAGAACAAAACCUCAACUUAUUAAUUAUUCUCACUGUAGUAAAAUUUUAAAUAGUUUUAAAUUUGACAACUUGAAACCAAUAAGUUAUUUCUAUGACGUAAGUCGUUCGAAAUCCCAAAAGCAAACAGACCUAGAUUCUGACGAUGAAUCCGAUGUUUUUGAUGAUGAUAUAUCGUUAUCAAGGGACUCAAAAGUUGUUAAAAUUACCACAACAUCUUUGAGAGCUGAUGUUGUCCUUAAGUCUGCUUUAGGAAUAGCAAGAAACAAAAUUGAAAAAUUAUUUUAUGAAAGCAAAAUUAGAGUUAAUGGUAAAAAGAUUUUGAAAAAAAGUAUGCCUGUAAAAGUGGACUACGAAUUAGACGUAAUUAAAAGUGUUAGUCCAAAAAAUUCAGACCAUUUGUAUAUAUCGAGAGUUGAAAUAUUGAAUAUAACAGCAAAAGAAGAGAGCAUCUUGGUGACAGCAAGAAGAUUUAAAACACUCCUUAUAGAAAACUAUGAAAAUGAUCCAUACAAACCAUCUACAUCAAAUGAAGAUCAAUAAAAAUAGUAUAUAGCAUUUUUUAUUUAUUAACUUAGAAAACAGUAUAAAUAUAACUAAAAAUAAUAAA